CCUCUCCUUCCCCUUCAAACUGAUUCCGAAUCAUCUUGACACAUCGUUAUUUCUUACAAUUUUAUAAUUUGUUAAAUUAUUUUAGUUUAUUUUUUGUUCAUUUCUACUUAUUUAUAAACUGAUAGGCUAAAGAAAAAGACCGAGCUAGCGAGCUUAAGGUCUUCAGCUCUAAGGCCUCAGGCCUCGGCCUGUGGUCGCCGCAACUCAUCAACACCUGAAACAGCGGAAUUAUCCCGAAUUUUUCACACCAAGCAUUACACCACAUUUGCAACUAAAAUGUCACAGUGGAACAAUUCUUACGUGUACAACAACCAAUACCAAGGUGAAAAUACCUGGAACGGAGAUCUGAAUACUCAAUAUGCAAAUCAAGGUUACUAUCCCAAUCCUAAUCAACAAUAUGACUCCGCCAACCAACAGUAUGUGAGCUUCAAUGAGUUUAUAAAUCAAAUGCAAGGCAAUGGGGCGCCUCAACCUAGUGCUAAUAACUACAAUAGUUCACAGUAUCAGAAUUAUGGUCAAUAUGAUUAUCAAAAUAUGCCAUCUACCUCCCAAAAUUCACAAGUAGACAGUUAUUAUGCAGGUAACUCUUCAAAUAGCCAGAAUGGUGCAGAAUCAUACAAUCAAAGUCAGUAUGAGCAACAGCCACAAGAACAAGCUUCUUAUUCAAAUGAGUUAAUACUCAAAUCAAACUUAACUCCAACUGCUUCUGAAUUUGUGCCAAAAAGUACUAAAGCAAAGCCUUCAAGAAGUGUUCAAAAUGUCCCUGAAACGACCAACUCUAAUAGUAGUAAUAAUGGUGCUACUGAGUAUAAAAAGAGUCAUGGAAGCUCUUCUGACACCAACUGGAGAGAGAGACCACAGUCAUCUCAACAGAAUGGUGAAACUAAACAUAACAGUCGCUAUCAAGACAACUAUAGACAUCAGGAGAAUAGCAACAGAAACCGGGAUCGCGACCGUGACAGGAACCGUUACCAAGACUCAAAUAGUCACAACUAUGAGUCAAACAAUAGACCUGAUAGGAAUCAAUCAAAGUCCAAUGGUAAAUCUAAAAAACAAGAUGCUGAUGGUCUUACUUUUUAUAAUAGUUCUAUAAAUAAGAGAGGGCAGGACCAUCGUAAUGGAAAAGGGGAAGGUUCCGGCAGGAACCGGAACUGGGCAGGAAGUCAAAGACUCCGAGCUGAAAGAAAUUACACAGAGGAUGAGCAGUAUGCAAACAGUUAUUUGCAAUACAAAGAGGAGAAAGCAGAGAGGUUGGCAAAACAAGACAAUCCCAGUCCUAAAUUCAGAAACAAACAAACUGCAGAGACAGCACACACAGAAAUGACCCAGCGGGAGAGACUGAGCGAGCAGUUGGACAAGGGCACUCUGGAGUGCCUGGUGUGCUGCGAGCGCGUCAAGCAGAUCGACCCCGUGUGGUCCUGCGGCAAUUGCUACCACGUACUCCAUCUGCGGUGCAUCCGGAAGUGGGCCAUGAGCAGUGUUGUUGAGGGCAAAUGGCGUUGCCCCGCCUGCCAGAAUACAAGCGAAGAGAUCCCCACCGAAUACCGCUGCAUGUGUGGCGCGACUCGCGCUCCUGAGUACCAACGCGGUGGCAGCGGCGCUCACACUUGUGGCAAGGCCUGCAAGCGGCCUAGAGCCUGCCCGCAUCCGUGUACCUUGCUGUGUCAUCCCGGGCCUUGUCCGCCUUGUCAAGCCACCGUCAGCAAAAAAUGCGGCUGCGGUGCCGAAACACGCUCCGUUCUAUGCAGCAGCAAGCUACCGCAAGUUUGCGGGCGAACUUGCCACAAGACGCUGACCUGCGGCGCGCACGCCUGUCAGGCGCCGUGCCACGAGGGCGCCUGCCAAGACUGCGAAGAGACUGUCACGCAAGUGUGCUACUGCCCCGCCGCAAAAAGCCGUUCGGUGCCGUGCACUCGCGAGACGGGCAGCCAGCAGCAGUGGUCGUGCGGCUCGGCGUGCGCGCGCGUGCUGGCGUGCGGCCGCCACGUGUGCACGCUGGCGUGCCACGCGCCGCCCUGCGCGCCCUGCCGCCUGCUGCCGCGCCUCGUGCUCACGUGUCCCUGCGGGAAGAACAAGUUAGACAAAGACUCGCGCAAGUCGUGCACGGACCCAAUCCCGCUGUGCGGCGGCAUCUGCGCCAAGCCGCUGCCGUGUGGACCCGCUGGAGAUAAGCACUUCUGCAAGCUGGACUGCCAUGAAGGCGAAUGUCCCGUGUGCCCCGACAAGACGUUAGUCCAAUGUCGCUGUGGGCACUCCAGCCGCGAGGUGCCUUGCGCGGAACUCCCGCAGAUGAUCAACAACGUGCUGUGCCAGAAGAAGUGUAAUAAGAAGCUGUCGUGCGGCCGGCACCGCUGCCGCACCGUGUGUUGCGCGGCGUCGUCGCACCGCUGCGCCGUGGUGUGCGCGCGCACGCUGUCGUGCCAGCUGCACCGCUGCGAGGAGUUCUGCCACACCGGACACUGUGCGCCGUGCCCGCGCGUCAGUUUCGAGGAGCUCCGCUGCACCUGCGGCGCGCAAGUCUUACUCCCACCAGUACGCUGUGGCGCGCGGCCACCAGCCUGCGACGCGCCGUGCCGCCGCCGCCGCGCCUGCCUGCACCCGCCGCACCACUCGUGCCACACCGGCGACUGCCCGCCCUGCGUCGUGCUCACCACCAAGCGCUGCCACGGCCAGCACGAGGUGACUGGUCGUCAGUACACCAGGUCACUAGGCUUCGAGGAGCUCCUGCGACGCGCCUGCCUGCACCCGCCGCACCACUCGUGCCACACCGGCGACUGCCCGCCCUGCGUCGUGCUCACCACCAAGCGCUGCCACGGCCAGCACGAGGUGACUGGUCGUCAGUACACCAGGUCACUAGGCUUCGAGGAGCUCCUGCGACGCGCCUGCCUGCACCCGCCGCACCACUCGUGCCACACCGGCGACUGCCCGCCCUGCGUCGUGCUCACCACCAAGCGCUGCCACGGCCAGCACGAGGUGACUGGUCGUCAGUACACCAGGUCACUAGGCUUCGAGGAGCUCCUGCGACGCGCCUGCCUGCACCCGCCGCACCACUCGUGCCACACCGGCGACUGCCCGCCCUGCGUCGUGCUCACCACCAAGCGCUGCCACGGCCAGCACGAGGUGACUGGUCGUCAGUACACCAGGUCACUAGGCUUCGAGGAGCUCCUGCGACGCGCCUGCCUGCACCCGCCGCACCACUCGUGCCACACCGGCGACUGCCCGCCCUGCGUCGUGCUCACCACCAAGCGCUGCCACGGCCAGCACGAGGUGACUGGUCGUCAGUACACCAGGUCACUAGGCUUCGAGGAGCUCCUGCGACGCGCCUGCCUGCACCCGCCGCACCACUCGUGCCACACCGGCGACUGCCCGCCCUGCGUCGUGCUCACCACCAAGCGCUGCCACGGCCAGCACGAGGAGCGAAAAACGAUACCAUGCUCGCAAGAUGAGUUCUCGUGUGGGCUGCCGUGCGGCAAGCCGCUACCUUGCGGGAAGCACACCUGCAUCAAGACCUGCCACAAGGGAGAAUGCGACACUAGCAAAUGCACUCAGCCGUGCAACGAGAAGCGCCCCAGCUGCGGGCACCCGUGCGCCGCGCCCUGCCACUCGGGCACCGGCGCGCCCUGCCCCAGCGCCGCGCCCUGCCGCCGCCCCGUGCGCGCCACCUGCGCCUGCGGCCGCCGCUCCGCCGACCGCGCCUGCGCCGACAACGCGCGCGACUACAACAAGAUGAUGAGCGCGCUGGCCGCGACUAAAAUGCAAGAAGGCGGUUCCGUCGAUUUAUCCGACGUUCAACGUCCAGGCUCCAUGCUCAAAACCUUGGAUUGCGACGACGAGUGCCGCGUGGAGGCGCGCACGCGGCAGAUGGCGCUGGCGCUGCAGAUCCGCAACCCCGACGUGUCGGCCAAGCUCGCGCCGCGCUACAGCGACACGCUGCGGGCUACGGCUGCCCGCGAGCCUGCGUUCGCGCAGCAGAUACAUGAUAAGCUUACGGAGCUCGUGCACCUUGCCAAGAAGUCGAAGCAGAAGACGCGCGCUCACUCGUUCCCAUCAAUGAACUGGCAGAAGCGGCAGUUCAUCCACGAGCUGUGCGAGCACUUCGGCUGCGAGAGCGUGGCCUACGACGCCGAGCCCAACCGCAACGUCGUCGCCACCGCCGACCGCGAGAAGUCGUGGCUGCCCGCGAUGAGCAUACUGGAAGUCGUGCAACGUGAGGCCGGCAAGCGCAAGGUGCCCGGGCCCGUGCUGCGCCCGCCCGCCGCCUCCAGCGCCGCCGCCGCCGCCGCCGGCAACAAACCGUCCGGCUGGGCAACGCUGACGUCCACGAACGCGUGGGCCGCGCGUAGUCAGCCCAAGCCGCAGCCGCAGCCGCCGCCGCAGGACAAGCUGGACUACUUCGACUACCCGCCGGACAACUAGGCCGGACAACGCCUGGCAACUAGGCUCGGAAGCCGGACACUGUAGCACUGUGUCCUAAAUCAGCGACGAGCGCGAUUAUCUAUACUAAUAUUAUAAAUGCGGAAGUAACUCUGUCUGUCUUGCUUUUACGCCUAAACCACUGAACCGAAUCUGAUGAAAUUUGGCAUAUAGAUAGUUUGGGUCCAGGGAAUGGAUAUAGGACAGUUUUUAUCCCGGUUUUUGAAACAGGGACGCGCGCGAUAAAGUUUUUCUGUGAGAGACAAAAAUCAAAG